AUGGAGGACAAAUCAGGAGACGAAUACCUCUAUUCGCACGAUGUAUGUCGACAAGCGAGUGAACAAGUGGACGCAUUAUGCCCGACCUGUGAGAUCAUUGCAUUCGAUUCGAGCAUUGAGCGCACAUUGCAGCUAGGCAAACACGCAGAACUGAAACAGAAUCAAAAUUGCCCUUUAUGUCGGUUUGCACUGCACGAGCUCAAGAAGUUCGCGCUCGCCGAAACGACAUAUUCGCUUGUACUCCAACCCAACGGAGUCGGCAAGGUCCGGUGUGAAGAACCCGAGGGCAGCAGUUACUUCACAUUCACAAAAGCCAUAAAUCACAACCCAGAAGUCCCCGAUUUUAUUGUCGCGCGCAAUUGGCUCCAGGAGUGCAACGAUUCGCAUGAUGGAGCUUGUCAUCAGCCCGAUGAUGAGAGAGCUACACCACCUACCGAUAUGCGUUUGAUUGAUGUGCAAGAAGCUCACCUGAUUCAGGCACCAUCGCGAGCUCGAUACGUUGCUUUAAGUUAUAUUUGGGGUACGAAAGGCAAUGUGAAAGCCACACGAGCAAAUAAGGCCUUCUUCGAGCAGCCAGGAUCCUUGCUCUCUACCGAGGCCGGCAUCCCACCUCUGAUCAGGGACGUAAUGCAAUUGGUAGCUGCAAUGGAACAACGGUAUCUCUGGGUAGACGCGCUAUGUAUUAUUCAAGAUGACGAAGGGGAUCGACAAAAGCAAAUUAGUUGCAUGGACGCCAUUUACGAAAAUGCACAUUUUACGAUUAUUACGCUCAUGGCUCAGGGGGUUUUCGACCGAGUCCCCGGGAUUGGCUCACGAAGAAUUCGGUAUUACGAAAUUGUCAAGGAGAUGCGGCUAUGGCACUCCGGCAAGCCCCAGCUCACGGAACUAGUCGAUCAAUCGAUGUGGUCGACACGUGGGUGGACCUUCCAGGAGCACGUACUCUCACGCCGGCGAAUGUUCUUGACUAAAAGCGAAGUUUUCUUCGAUUGUGCAAAAGGCAGUGUCAGUGAGCUAGAGCCUGAACGGACAAGACCCCAGGACCUUGCAUUCUGGGCGUUGCCCGGACCCGAUCCACAAUUUACCUUUCACAAAAGUUUCCAUGACGCCUGCAUUGGGAGCACACAGCCAAGUCAUCUAGCCAUGGCUAUUGGGGCUAUUUUGGAGUCCGAGAAGAUCGACCUUGAGGCCUGGCGGUACUAUAAGCAAGCAGAGAAUUACUCGGGGCGGUUGUUGACGUUCUCGGGCGAUGUCCUUAAUGCCUUCACAGGGGUGAUGUCUUCAUGGCACCGCAUUCGAGGCUGGCAAUUUUGCAACGGCUUACCAAUGCCCGCGUUGCGACGGGCUUUAUGCUGGACAGCGUUCAAAGUACUCAAUGCUCGUGAGGCGACAGAGAAAAAGUCCACGCUGAUUCCAACCUGGUCUUGGGCUCACUGGAGCGGUAGCGUCCGCUUCGCACCCACAGACGACCCAGGGCACCCUAAUUCGUACAUGGACUAUAAAGAAGACAGGGAACAGUCGAACAUCCAAAUCCUCCCUGCAUCCCACACCAACGAACACAUUCCCGACAUUCUCAGAGUACAGUCUCCAGUAGUGACUCUUACUGUAUCCUCUAAAGACGCUCUACGCUAUAGGGGCUCGAACGUAGAAUCUACCGCGCUUCCAAUGCUUCGAAUGUUAAUAUUUGAUCAGCAUAAGAGGCACUGCGGUAUGGUUUGGGGCGUCCAUCCAUCUUGGUUCGAGCCACCCGGAGACAAAGAGUUUGAGUUCAUUUAUCUAUUUGAUCUCGGCGAGAAUUCCAAAGAAGACUUGUCUUUGGUCCAAAUCAAAUCUUGGGAGGAAGCCAUGGCGAUGGCUUCCGAUACAUCGCAAUGGCGAGAACCUCUUCUGUCGGGGGUUGGGAAGGCCGUUUAUUAUGACAAGACCGAGUUCCCAGAUACAGAACAUGAUGGGCCACGAAGAACUUCACCGACUGGCAGAUCGAUUUUCGCGUUAAUCGUGAAGCGCCAAGGCCCCUUCUACGAGAGGCUGGGCGUAGGACAGAUUGUGAAACAGGCAUGGGACGAGGCUUUGCCAACAAUCAAAGUAUGCAGUAUGAUCUGA